UACAUGGGAAUGUAAAAACAAACAAUGGCUACGUCGCCUACAUGUUGGUAUUUUGGACAUUUAUCCAUCAAUUCUUUGGUUUCAAACGUUCAAAUUGCUUGCAACGAAGAUUUGAUUGCUGCUCCAUAUAACGAGAAGUGUUUUGGCGUAUGGAAUAUGAAAAAGCUUUGCGAUAAUCCGAUACUUUUUCAUAAACACAAGAAUAUUAUCACAGCACUGUCUUUUGGGAGCAAAAGUGAACCAAUUAUACUGGCAAGUGGUUCAGAAGAUUGUGUUGUUGUUUGGUUCUUGGAAAAAAAUUUUAAUGAUGAUGGCAAGUUUUGCCAUAAAAUAAGAGAUAUCACUGUUGCCAAAGACUUGGGCUCGGUACAACACAUCAGCUUUGAUAAAUCGCAAAACCUUAUUAGUCUAUGUGUUGGUAAUGAAGUCUGGAUUAUCAAAAUUGAGACUUGUGAAUUGAAUGCUAUCAUCAAAGGUCAUCAUGGCAAUGUAAAUGCAUCAAAAUUCAGCCCACAUGAAGAUAAUUCAAUUGUAACUAUUUCUGAUGAUAGGACCUUCAAGAUUUUUGAUUACAAGGCAGGAUCUGUUCUUUAUCAUUCAGCCAUCAUCUCUGCAUAUCCCUUCCUUUCCAUUGAUUUCCAUUUAUAUCGUAACAAAUUUAGUCUUGGUUCAGUUGAUGGAAUGGUAAGAACUUAUUCAUUGGAAGGAGAAUUUAAGUGCCUUCGUUCUAUGGAUUUGAACAAGUGCUAUGCUCAAUAUCUGAAUGGAAAUCAUGUUGAGAUUGAUUCUGAACUUGAGUCAAGUUUAGCAGUGAUUGGACUUUGUUAUAAUAGAUAUUUUACUUCCACACAUGCACUUUAUGACAAGAAUCACUAUGCUAUCAGUGAACUUGAUGAGAGUGAUGUGUUAGUGUGUGCAACUGUAAGUGCCAUAUUUGUUAUUGAUGUCAGCACUUGUCAACCUGUCAAGAUGUUGGAUUACCGCGAACUGAUUCCCAAUGUUGAUGAACCUUCCAAAUUAUGUGCUAUCUCACUCAGCGGUUCCUGUGUGUUUGACCAACAACAAGAAAAAAUUAUCUGUGCGUUUGGAAAUCUAUUUGACACCUCGAUAAGUCUUCUUCACGUCAAUUUAGCAUUGAAAAAACAUUCUGUUGUUGAAGAAAUGCGUUCUAGAAACUCUAACUUCGUCGGCGAUAAGUUUGAUGAUGGCUCAACGGACAAUGAAAAAUUCGAACUGUCCGUUUUGUCCAGAGUUUGUUUGAGAAAGAAUUCACCAUUGAGAGCAGAAUUAGUACCAAAAGAUCAUGACAAAAUUCUGCCUAAACGCGUUGUCAAGAAUCCCGAAUUGAAUGCAAAAAAGAAUAAAGGCACCGUCGUAGAUCAUCCUGUCACAUUUAGGAAAAUAAUAAAAUCUUCUGGUUAUUCUGCUUCACCAAGAAAUAAGAUGUUUUCUCCAAAACUCAAUCCAACUAAACAACCUCAUGCAGGUAAAAGUCUUGAAAAGACAAAUGAAUCGAAGCAAAGAGCGCUUCAUAGCGAAAACGAAGUAUUAUUAUCGAACUAUGUUAUCCCUGAGGAAUUAGAAGAGAGAAUUAAUAUCUGCUCAUCGUCUGUUGUCAUAAAUCAAAUCAAAUUUAAUCAUAAUGGAAAGAAACUGGCUUGUGGCUUGGCUAAUAACACCGCGUGUAUGAUAGAUUCGACGCACACUAGUAAACAAAAAAUAUUUACAGGUCAUAACGGUGAAGUUCACUCAGUUAAUUGGAGCUUUGACGGACAAUAUCUUCUCACGAGCUCCAAAGAUAAUACCGCAUGCUUAUGGAGUGCGGGCACGACUGAACCAUUGAUAUCAUUUAAUCGUCAAAAUUACGCAUCAAAGUCGACGACCAAGGAUAAUCCAAUUUUUUGCAAAGGCUUAAAUAGAGCAGCAUUUUACUAUGUUGACAAAUUCAUCCUGAUCAGCUCCGGAAAUUUCCUGCACUUAUACAAAUACCAUUUGGAUUUUAACAAGGACGAUCUUAAGAGAUAUCGGAGCAAAGGUCAUUACAAACUGGUCACAUCCUUGUCUCUUGAUAAAGCUUUAAAUAUGACAAGUUUUACUUGUAUAAACGGAUUUUAUUCUUACAUCGUAAUUUGUGCAGGAUCUUCCAGAUCAAUACAAGUAUUUGAUAUGAAUGUUGAACGUAGUCUGAGAACUCUUGAAGAUGUUCACACAAGGAGCGUUCACUGUGUACAAAUGAACGAGGGGUCCAAGACCUUCUCACUCCCCUCUCAAUGCUAUGAUCUAUUUUUAACUGGAGCUGUUGCUGAUGGUGUCAAAAUUUGGGAUUUAAGGAACACGAGAUGUGUUCGCAAAUAUGAAGGUCACGUAAGUCGAACUCAUCCAGUUGGUGUGAUGUGGAGUCCGUGUGGAAAAUAUUUCGCUGUCGGAUCUGAAGAUAAAUCUGCAUACAUCUACGAUAUUCGUCAUAACUAUCCUUUUAAACGAAUUUCAAAACAUUCUGAUGUUGUGGUUGACGUUGCUUUUCAUCCAAAUAAAUCACAGCUUGUUACAGCCACAUUGGAUGGAAAGAUAUAUUUUUACAUCGACAAGACAUGAUGAUAACUUCCUGGACAAUUCAUCGUGAUAUUUUACGACUUAUUAGAUUGACCUGAUAACCAUCGUUUUUCGAUCAAUCAAUUAUCAAUUUGACAUCAUGUUAUGUUCAUAAAGCCAGUUUACUGGAUAGCCCUUUCUAAAUAUGGAUUAUUCGAAGACGUAUCCAUGUCAGAAAUUUUGAAAUUUGACGUUUGGACGCACGUAAUGAUGUAAUCACGUUUGGACGCACGUAAUGAUGUAAUAAUUUUAACUAUUGACAAUUCAAUGUAAACAAAUUUAUCUUUACUAAUGCUUCUAUGCUAUUCUUAAAAAGUAAGAUUAUUAGUUUUUGGUCAAUCAAAA